UCUCUCCCUCUCUGCCACCCUCUCUCUCUCUUUCUCACCCUCCCUCUCUCUCUCUGUCUCAGUCUAAAACAUUUGUCACUCUCCAGCACUUUACAAAUACCAGCACAUCAGACUGCAAUGUGUUCAUUUGAAGAGUUGUAAAACCAGUUUAACCUUCAACCAAAAGCUUCUCACUCUUCACAGAUUUGCCUUUCAUUAAGGGUGUGGAUUACCUGUGUUUGGACAUGGUAGCUGUGUGAAUAUAGAAGUACAUCAUCUGCAGCAACAGAAAAGAACAAAACAUGGCUGGGAAGCCUUUCCGGGCCACCUACAUCUGGGGUAGCAUCAUCUCCAAUCUCCACUCUAACGUAGAGGUUAAGCGCCGGCGCCACAACCUGAAGUCCUACCACGACUGCUUCCUGGGCUCAGAGGCCGUGGAUGUGGUAUUGGCACAUCUCACCCUCAAUCGUUUCUUUGGCAAUGAGGCGGUGCCUCGGUACAAGGCUGUCCGCCUCUGUCAGGCCCUUAUGGACUCGAGAGUUUAUGAGCCAGUGGGCAUUAAAGUAUUUGGAAAGGAAAAAAAGAGAGCCACAUUUGAGGACAGUAGUUGCAGUCUGUACAGGUUCCUGAGCCCAACAACCAGCACCUCAUCACUGACCAACGGCAACUCUCACUCCACUAGUACCAUCGAGAGCGGCUAUGACUCACCAAGCAUGAACAGUAACAAGAACAGCUAUAGUCCACCAUGUGAAAGACAAGAGGUGCUGAGCUACUCCACCCACUCCCCUGUAAAAACAGACAAAUCACUGGAGGACGUGCUGGGAAACCUCAACCUCAGCUCCACAAUCACUCCUCAGAUGAUCAACCUCGGCCUCUCACAAGAGCUUGUGGAUGAGGUGUGGCACCAACAGGCGGUGUUCAGAUUGUUGCAGCUGAUAGAGCUCCCCCUUUUGGAGAAUUUGCUAGAGGGCAAAGACAUAUCGCGGCCCCCCCUGCGUGGCAUGGACAGCGACCCGGAUCUGUUGUACACAUCAAGCUACCUAGACCGCGAGGUCCUCAAGGCCUUCAGUGAAGCACAGGCCGAUGAGUGGAUGUCAGGGGCAGUGGACUGUCUAGAGUUUCUGCCUGAUGAACUGGUGGUGGAGGUCAGUCGAGGUUUGUCUGGUUGCUCUGACGAACUGCCCCAGUGUAAGAGACUGCUCUAUGAGGUCCUGGCUCAGCAUUAUGGACACACACAACAGCCACCUCUGUUCAGCAACCAUCUUUUCGACAUCCACUCCGGCAUCUCAGAGCUGCUGGUGAAUGGAAAGCAGGAACAAGCUCUAGAGACGCUGCAGCUGAGCCUGAAGCUGCAGGACUCUCGCAGCAGGGAGGAGCUUCGCAGGCUCCUGAGAUUCAUGGCCAUUGCAGCAAAACCACAGGAGGUCAAGCUACACAAAGAGAUUGAGAACAGAAUGGCGGUGAAAAGGUCUUUCUCCAGUGCCAUCGUCUACAGCAGAAGACUCUCUAAAGGAAAGGUGGACUUGAUGGUUCUGUUCAUGAUGGACAACCACUGUGAUCUGUUCAAAAUUCCAGUUUCAUUGCACAAGAUGGUCAGUGACAGAAUAAUGAAUAUUGUGAAUGGGAAGGAUCCAAAUAUGAUAACAGGAUCAACAUACUGCACAAGAGUCAGUACAAAUACCUAUACAGAAAAUGCACAAAAAACCACUAAAGAGGAACUUUGGUCCUUACUCCGGACAGUCCACGAGAACCCUAAACUCUCCUCCAAAGAAAAGAGACGACUGCUGGGACAGUUUUAUAAAGGACACCCAGAGAUCUUUGUUCAGUACUUUGGAAGUAGACUGUCCAGUGUCAACAUGUUGCUACAGUGAUAUUUAUUAACACUUCAUGUAUUAUGAUGUAAAAAGACCAAAAGUUAAUGUGAUGUAAAUGAGGUGCCGUAUAGUAAAUGGAUUUUACUCGCUUGUAUGUAAAUAGUUUAGACUACUGAACAAGAAUGUGAACUUUAAGUAUAGAGACUUAAUAAGCUGCGAUAUUUAAAAGAUUUUCUUUGGUGCAGGACACUAACAGGAAAAGUCCUUGUCAGUUAUACACAAGACUGUUACUUUCCCAGAAUGACAAAAGAACCAAGUGUUCUUGAGAUUUUUUUUAUUUUAUGUUUUGACACUGCAAUGCGUCUUGAUGGCAUUCUGAAUCUGCAGCCAGUAAGGACGGGUCUGCAUACAGCUUUUUCAAUGGAUGUAUUCUUUGUGCUUGUGCAAUAGGAACAGUGUUAGCAAUAAAAAAUGUAUCUGUU